UUCAGAGGACCAGAAGAAGACGACGUGCUCAUCCGUUGAGUGUUCUUGAGUCUUUCCUUGCAUUGGCGACGUCAGAAAUAGAAAGGGAACAUGGAAGGCACCUUUGCCGAGGGAACACGACAGUACACUUAUUAUGCAACCGGAGGGCAAGUCUUGUCAACUGAUCAGCCUCUAUAUCUGGAGACGCCGCUUCAAGUGUCCAAGACUCCCACCAUUGAGGCGUCUACGGAGGAGGAUGCAGAAGACUCGUCGAAAGCUGCAGUCGUGGCCGCCAUCUGUUGCCUCGUGCUCGUGCUGGCGCUUCUCUACUUCCUGCUCUACCUAAUAAAUUACGAUACCCAUUCAUCAGCAAAUACGUUCGAAGAUGACGAGGCAAGUCCUCACGAAGACUUGAAGGUGAAUAAAGAAAUCCCCAGUAGAAACAUCACAUCUAGACCAUGGAAGGACGGUGUAACGAAUGUUGGAGGGGCAGCGACCACUUCUACUUCUACUACGACCACUUCUACUACGACGAAUAGGACAACUACAACGUCUACGCCAACUAGCACUACGACUACGUCGACCACUACGACUACUACGACUACUACGUCAACAACUACUACCUCGACCACGACUACAACAAGUACUACUACGUCUACCACAACCACUACGACUACCAGUACCACCACAACAACGACGACUACUUCAACCACGACUACUACGACGACAACAUAUCGACCAAUGGACCCAACUUACGUUCGAAGGGAUCUGCGUGGCCUCUUGUGCCACACUUACGCCGAGGCCUUCCUCGGAGCCGAGAUACCGGGCAGCUGCGAUUUCGUCAUGGUCGACGUACCAGUGUCCUCACCUGAGCGGCAUCCCAUGUACUCGUACAUGGCGACGAUAAAAAUAAAUUCAGCUGGGCUCGAGGAGCGCAUAUUAAAGCACAUGAGAAGCGUACAAGACACUCCGCUCCUGCUGGUGGUCCAACGAAGCACACUUCGCGGCAGCCAUUUCGAGCCGCAAGCAGUGGUCAGAGGCCUGGUCCAGAAGGUCGUCGACAUGAAGGCGCACGGCAUUGCGCUGAGCGAUCGUCGGAUCACGGACGCCGACACGGCAGUCGUCUUGGAAGACGCCAAGGUCUUAUCCAAUGAAAUUCAGUCGUACCACGGCAUGAUCAGAUACGAUGUCUUCGCUGGAAAUCGUUCGGCUUUGAGGGCCAUGAUGCUGGGUGUGGCCAGCAAACCCUCAAUCACCUUCGUGUACCGAGUGUCUGGAAUCAGCCGCACGUUUACACACCUGUAUUUCGACAACUUCUAUUCGAAGAAGAUGAACGAGGAGAACUUGAGUUCAGUCAUAUACAAUGAUUUGAUACAACCCAUGAGCACACAAAUCGGCAACAAAUCAGUGGCACUAUCGAUGACCCUGAUGGCGAAGCAGUGCCCGAAAAACACCGUGACAACUUUCCAGACUGGAGUCGGCUGCGUUGACAUUCCUCUGAACCUGACGCACUUAUGCGCAAUACCUGCUGGCCAUAUCCAAUGUCAUCACUACUCAGCCAUGACGAGGCGUUAUGCAGGUGGCGCUGCCCUGACGGAAGACAUUUUCUUCGAACUGGAGCAAACCUUCGCAUCCAAGGUGUAUCUCCUUCUGAGCCAGCUGAAACAUGCGAGGGCAUCACCCGUGGCGUUUAUCAUGGAGCGCUACGACAUGGAGUUGCAGCGCCAGAUAAGCUUCUUCCACGUCAAGAAAAAGAAGAACGUUCUUUGCGCGGUCAGCCCAUUUGGUUUUACAAAAGAAACAAAGGGCGAACUAUUAAAGUUUUCAUAGCCACA